CGUAAUCAAUUAUAUAUUCAUUUAACUGAAACUAGACAAGAAACAUCUUGCCUCUCCAAUAAAUGGCAUUUCAUUCAGGGAAUUAUAUGUGCUGAAGUUACUUCAAAGAAUCCAAGUGUAACUCUAAAAUGAUGAAUGAUGCAAGACCAUAGAAUUUCCAUAUUUAGUACAAUUAAAUAAUACCUUCUUACUGUUGAUAAACUUUGGAAUCAAAAUGAAACAAAUGUUGCGUUCUGAUUGAUUCGUAAGAAAUGUUAAUAAGGUAAAUGAUGUGAUUUACUAUUCCAUCUGACAGAACUAAUAAGAGUUUUUAUUUUGUUUUGUAGGUUAACAUCAGGUUUGGAGAACUUCCAAAACCACAUUUUGAUGUACGCAUCUAAAAGAUUUAGCUACAGCUUUCCUGUCUACAAGGCAAGAUGCCAGUUGGCGGCUAUCGACUAUAUGAAACAUUCAGACCAUGAAAACAUCACAAACAAAGAUGGAAGUAUACGUUUGCACAGAAAGUUUUCCAAGCAGACCAACCACUGGACUGUGUGUGAGGAGAAAGAAAAGAAACACUACACAUAUAUUCCAGAACUGAUGAUAAACAUUGUGAACCGGUACCUAACCGAAAGAAUUCCACUGCGUCAUCCAGUAACAGUGAAAGAAGAUGAUCCGAAGAACAUCAGCAAGACUGUGGCACCUGUAUCUCCAGAGCCAUCACAUGUACUGGCAGCCAAGAAAGUGUCCAGAUUUUCUAAAGGAACCUGACAUUUGAAUACUUUUAUUGACAAUGCUAUAUACUAGUAUUAUUGCAAUAUUUGAUCUAGAGCUGGGUGGUAUACUGUUCAGUAUCUUGUCAAUACCGAUUUACUAUAUCGUCUCGGUAUGUAUUAUGACGUGCUAUCUUUAAAUAAAAAGAAAAACUGAUGUCAAUAACAGAAGUUUUUGUUGACAGAAGUAUUUUUCAUUGAUAAGAAUAAAGCAAUAUGUACAAUUUGCCAGUUUGCGGUAAGUGUAAACAACUAAAAAUACCAUGGAACGAAAAGUACUAGUUUCUGUAAGGCAAAUUUCACAAUGAAUUUUACUAACUGCUGCACAAAACAUUGUGGUGUACAACUAAUUAUAAGACAAUUAGGCCACCCCUACCUCAAUCUAUUAUUUUAAAUACAUUGCAUAUGAUUAUAUUAGGGUCAGGAUUAAUCAAUGUUCAAGUACAUAUUACAUCUUAAAAUAAUAUCUAUUUCACAUGAAAUGUAUAGUGGACAUUGUUUUGAAUAAUAAGCAAACCCAAAAACUCUUGAACUGUCGAAUUUACUCCCACCAUAUCAAUGUACAAAUAGUGAUUAUGUUUGCAGUGGGCAAUAUGGUUUACAGUGACAAUCUGUUUGAAAUGAAUUUUAAUUGUUAUUUCUUACCUGUAUUAUUAAUAUGGAAUUUAUGGACAACCACAUGUCGUUUGGAGUUGUUUUUCUUGAAUAUUGGUCAUUCACAAGUUAUCUGGAUAUUCCGCGUCAAAAUAUGUACCACAUCAAAAAGGUUAGAAUAUUACAGAAUGCACAUGUGAGCUAAAACAAAAAAUCUCACUAUAUAUUGAAUUUAAUGUUUAUAUUUUAAUGAUAUAUAUGUACAUUAAGUUAUGUCUCUGUAAAUAAUAAGGAAAACAUCGUUAUUUUUACACUAUAAACACUUGAGAAUCCAGUGGCUUUGUGAUAAACUAUUGUCAUUAUCAAUUUGGUUUUCCUUAUUUUUCUAC